AUGGCAACUAAGGCUGCAUACAAAAGAUUAACUAAAGAAUAUAUAGCCAUCCAAAAUAAUCCAGCACCAUACUUAAUAGCCAAACCGUUAGAAAAUAAUAUUUUGGAAUGGCAUUAUGUUAUUCGUGGACCACCAGAUACACCUUAUCACAAUGGAGAAUAUCAUGUUGAAUACCCUUUUAAACCACCCUCGAUUCGCAUGAUAACACCUUCUGGUAAAUAA